AUGAAAACAAAAUUUCUUAGUGAUAUUAAACUUAAACAAGAAAAUCAAGUUGAAAAAUAUCGUACAUAUCGUAUUGGUGAAUUACCUGAUAUACAAAUACGUUUUAGUGACAUUAUUAUAUCAUUACAAACACUUGCACAAUAUGAUGAUCAUAUUGCACGUUUACUUUAUUCAAAUUUAUUUACAUCAAUAUUAACUUCUCUUGAAGAUAAAUUAUCAAAUGAUGAAUAUAUUGAAUUAACUGAAACAAUACAACAUCGUUUUAAUGUUAUGUUAUCACAAUCAGAAAUUUUUUAUCCAUCAUUUAUUAUUUCUUUACUUGAUAUUAUUUUAUCUAAACCAAAACAAAUUAAAAUAUCAUCUCAAUAUAUAAGUGCAUCUGUUAUAGCUAGUCAUUUAGAACCAAUUGGUAUAUUAAUAUUAGAAUAUUUUAUUCAUUUAAAUCAAACAAAUGAACAAAAUAAACUUCUAUAUAAAUUAGUAAAAAAGAAAUCAAAAUUUGAUCCUAGUUUAAAUAAUCAAUUAUAUAAAGAUAUUGAUUAUUGGCUUGAAUUAGCUAAAUGUUAUCGUUCAAUAACAAAUUAUGAUGAUAUACGUGGAAUUUUUUGUCAAAUAUCAUCAUUAAAAUCUUUACCAUUAAAAGCUAUUGAAGAAGAAAGUCAUUCAGAUUUUUUAUCAGCUUUAAAUACUUAUGUAACAGCAUUAGAACAAUAUCCAUUAACAGAUGAUAAAUGA